AUGCCAUCCGCCGUAUUCAAGCAGACAUCUGUCCAGAAGGCUCUGGUGCAAGAUUCCAAGGGCAAGCCCGUCGUCGUCGACAAUGCACCACUUCCAAAACUCGGUCCCGGCGAUCUUCUAAUCAAGACCAUCAUGGUAGCCCUUAACCCGUUCGACUACAAAAUGCCGGCAGCGACCCCGAGCAAGGGCGCUGUGAUAGGCAACGACUUUGUCGGCACGGUAGUCCAGAUACACGACGAGUUUGAGGGCACAAGCCGCGCCGACAACGAUGAUAACAUACACAUCCAGCUCGGCGACACAGUCUGCGGCACCGUUCACGGCUCCAACGCCGCCGACCCCUCCAACGGCGCUUUUGCCGAAUACAUUCGGGUGCCAGCGGAUCUCGUCCUACGGGUGCCCAGUUUCUUCAAGCCGCAAGACGCCGCCACGCUCGGGUGCGCCCUAGGCACCGCCAUCGUAGCCUUCUGGGAGAGCGGCGGCCUCCAGCUCCCCAUCAGCCCGGCCUCACCCGCCUUACCCGCCUCCGACCCAGUCCCAGUGCUAGUCUACGGCGGCAGCACCGCUUCGGGUACCAUGGCGCUGCAGCUCCUGCGUCUCUCGGGCGCGAACCCGCUGAUCGCCACCUGCUCACCGCGCAGCUUCGAGCUCGCACGCGCCUACGGCGCCACCAGCGUGUACGACUAUCUGGACCCGGAGACGCCGGCGCGCAUCCGGGCCGAGACGAGCGGCGACUUGGAGCAUGCGCUCGAUACCAUCACCGACGCGGGCUCGGUGGCGUGCUGCGAGGCGGCGCUGUCGCGCUUUGGCGGGCGCCUGGCGACCCUUGAGCGUUGCCCGGACGAGAUGCGCACGCGCAAGUCCGUGGAUGUGGAUUUUGUGAUUGCGCUCGAGGUGUUUGGAAAGGAAAUCGACUUGGGCCUCGAGGGUUAUCGACGGCCGGCCAGUGACGAGAAGCGCAAGGCCGCAGCGGGGUGGUUCCGCGUGUUUCAGAGAUUGUUAGACGACCGCAAGUUGAAGGCGCAUCCGGUCAAGGUGCUGGAGCCGGGCUUUGGUAGUAUAGUCAAGGGAUUGGAGAUGCUCAAGUCGGGUUCUGUAUCUGGACAUAAGCUUGUUGUGCCUUUACAUCCUUGA